AUGCGCUACGUAGGCGACACCUUUGUCAUCCUACACCGAGACGCGAAAAACAACUUUAAAAGGGAAUUGGACUCGGUUUUUCCACAAAUCCAAUUUACCGAGGGGGAGGAAAAUAACGGAAUGAUCCCUUUCCUCGACGUCAAGGUAUCUAGACAGGAAGACGGAACCAUCCAGACUGGUGUCCUUCGAAAGGCGGCAGACACGGGGAAAAUUCUACAGUAAAACAGCAAACCAUCCCCUGUCGCAUAAGCGCAAUUGUGUCCGGACACGUUUUUUCCGCAUCCACACACACUGCAGCCCAGAGGCCGAGAAGCGUUGGACACCGGCCGGACGCUACCAUCAACCGCUUAAUCAUGAAGCCCAAGGGUCGGCUACUACCUGUGGACACGUCAGGCGUCAUUUACCACGGUAAUGUCUGGAUUGACUAGUCAACUACUGUGACAUGACCGACAAACGCCUAAAAACGCGCAUGCAUGAGCACACUUUGGCCGUAAGGCGAAAGGAUGUACGCUCGCACGUCGCCAUGCCCUGUCUGGAAAAUAAUUACAAGUUAGAAUUUGACGGCGCCCAAGUGCUCGGCCGAGAGAAUGCAAACUGGCGAGGGGCGACAGCGGAUGGUCUAUUUAAACCGUGUAUUUCUCACUUGGUCUAUCUCCGAUGAUGUGCUCGAGUACGAGUACGAAACGUCAGAUGAAUAAACCUUCUUCCCCAGAGAUCGCCUUAUCUUCCUCUUCCAUCUUAACACCUGGGGUCAGAAUUUUUGCCUAUAUAUAUAAUAUAUAUAUAGGCCGCGAGUUCGAGCCUCGGGUGUUGCACACUUCGGGGUUAGGUAUGACUGGCUAACGACGGCUAAUAAGCCAGAAAUGGCCAUUCCAGUCUCCCUUGUCUUUGUUGGUAAUGCCAUUCUGCCUAUAUCAUGAGCCGCUGUGCGGCUGCUGGUUGGGCUCGAGAGAGAGCUCAUAAGGCACAACGGAACAAGUGAAAUCCGUAAGAACGAUCGGUUAGCGCCCCCCUACCAUUCAGCAGAGCCAUUGAUCUUCAUCCGGCCUACCAGGCGCUUCGUACGAGGCUCCAGUCAGUUCGGACGGGGCGGACAGCACUGGCGAACAAAUCGCGGCUCUCUCAACAGUUGUUACCUUCCCAGCAGGGGGAGAGAGCCAGCCGGCUGUCAGACGACCGACGCGAGACAUCGACCCACCGACGCGCCCAAACAGCCGACCCCGAUUCCCGCAUGCAACGGCAGCUGAUCAGCCCGUCAAAUUAUGGGGGGAGAGCCCAAGGGCACACGGACCUAGCAGCGACAACAGCGGCCGGGCGGGAGGCAGAGUUCACACCAGCGCCCCAGCGGUCGGCCACGGAGAGACCUAAGCCAAUCGCCCGCCCGCCAGCAAGCAGGUCAGAGUUCGUGUAUCAGGCAUGCUUAUAACACGAGACAGGCGGCGAGACAGAACAACUCUGAGCUAGCAGGAACAAACAUAUAUAUAUAUAUAUAUCGCGUUCAUCAUCCCUCAAAGAAGACGAAGAAGAAAAUAGGGCGAAUUCAUGGACCGAGUUAUAUUUGUACUGACGCUUCGGAAACCCUCUCGUUUCCAUCAUCAGAGUAAUGCGUUGACUGUUCCUGCUGGUUUUGAUUGCGUCUGUCUUGAUACCUGCCUGGUAUUAUAUCCGUGCGCGAGGCACGAACUUUGAUCUGCCCGUUCGCCGCCGAUUAGCGUUGACCUCUCCACGAUUGACCGCCGGUGGGCUCCUGCCACUAAUGACCCCUUUUCGGCCGUCGUAAUUGUUGGCGAGCCAGCAUGUUUGUCAGCCUCCCCCUCGUCAAUCAACGUCAUUAUUCCCUGGAGUUCAUAUACCGGAGACCGCUAGAGAACGCUGGGGGUCCCACUAAAGAGCCGAACCCCUCGCAGCUGUGUCACGCAGCGGCAGAAUAUCGGCGAAACACGUGUCUGGGCUUUUAGCAAGUAUCUAUGUCGGGAGUACGGUAUAAUACAUUUACCAUGUAUAUAUAUAUGUAUAUAUGCUAAAGCAGGAGUAGGCGAACACCGUUCUAUUGGCUCCCCUAAGCAAAAAGGUCCAUAUGGGUGGCAAAGGUCACAAACAAACAAUCAUAUAUCAGACCGAAGUCGGCCAUGUUAUCUUAUCAGAGGGGACGGACGACAGAGAAUGUGGACAGAUUGAUACAGUACCGUUUCGGGCUUAUUCUGCCUUCGAGAAGCCAAUAGAUCGGAGUGCACCUAUUUGUAGCGCGAGAGAAUGACAGGUGGCAAGGUAGUAACGAACGUCGGUUCUAUGACUUUCUUAUGACCCAUCUGCUAGACGCCGUCUGUGGACCUUUGCGCCGUUUACGAGCUUCAGGUCGCGUCUGUCAGUCAGGGCUAUGACUGGCCGAAUGAAGGCAGAAUAAACCCGCAAACAGUUUUAAGACAAUUUAACCACAUCCUCUGUCGUCCCUCUCCUAUGCUACAUAUAUAUUUUUUUAUUGGAAUCACGUAGGUUUGUAAAAACUUCAUAUCAGAAAACCGGCGUGUUGAGCAUGCCCUGAGUCGGUAAUUCCAACAGACCUUUCGUAGAUUUUGGCAAAAAGAAAUCCGCCACUGUAUUUCCCUAUAAUCGCUGUCAAAAAAAUACAACCAGAAUUCUUGCCUUUGCAGAUCCUUGAUCCGAAGAUCGCGACUCGGACGAAAGACGAUCCCAUCUAUGACCAGAAAAUUGCACUCAUCGGCUGUGGCCCCGCGAGCAUUUCAUGCGCCAACUACCUGGCACGUCUUGGCUACCGAAACGUGCAUAUUUUCGAAAAGUCUACCAAGGAGGGUGGAUUGAGCACCACAGAAAUCCCACAGUUUCGACUACCAGGAUCUGCUGUCAACUUUGAGCUCCAAAUGAUGAAGGAUCUCGGAGUGAAGGUGUUCACUGAUCAUCCCUUCACCACAGAGAACCACACCAAUGCAGUCACGAUCAAGAAACUACGCGACCAAGACUACAAGGCCAUCUUCCUAGGACUGGGGUUUCCCAACGCCCACUCAACAUCUGUCUUCGCUGGUCUCACCCCAGAAAACGGAUACCUCACUUCCAAGGACUUCCUUCCAAGAGUCUGUGCAGCCUCAAAGAACUGUGCCGCCUCCACCUGUGCCAAGUCCAAACUGCCCGAUUUAUCGGGUGCCAGAGUACUCGUUCUGGGAGCAGGUGAUACAGCCUUCGACUGCGCCACCUCUGCUCUUCGAUGCGGUGCUAAACGCGUAACCGUCUCCUUCCGUAAGGGCUUCACCACCAUCAACCCCGUGCCGGAAGAGUUUGAAUUGGCCUGGCAGGAGAAGUGUGAAUUCCUGCCUUUCCUCGAACCCAAGCGCGUCUUGCUGGAUGAAGCUUCUUCCUCCCAAGGGCAAAAGCCGCGAAUCGUCGGCGUGGAAUUUAUUCGUCGAGAGCAGAAUGAUGACGGCAGUUGGACGUCCGAUCCGGACCAAAUAGUCAAGGUCAAGGUGGACUACAUCAUCACGGCAUAUGGGGCCGGGCUGACGGAUGCCCACGUCAUGGAAGCCAUGAAACCGUUGAAGCUGACAUCUAAGGGCUUCUCGUCGGGUGUUCCAGUGGUGGAUUUGGAGACGUUGAGGACUAGUGAGUCGGAUGUGUGGUGUGGCGGUGACCUGACGGGUUUCUCACACACCUCUGUUGAGGCCACGAAUGAUGGCAAGACUGCAGCCUGGAGCAUCCAUUAUGCGUUAACUGGAGGUAAGACUGCCUUCAAGGAGAAAGUACUGCCCCGAUUCACGACGCCCGUGGAUCUGGUGGAUACCUCCGUCUCAAUUUGCGGUCUCAAGUUUCCCAAUCCCUUCGGGCUGGCAUCGGCGCCACCCACGACCAGCAGUGCCAUGAUCCGACGAGCGUUUGAGGCGGGCUGGGGUUUUGCGGUUACCAAGACAUAUGGUCUUGACCAGGACCUGGUGACCAAUGUGUCUCCGCGAAUAGUCCGUGGACCAACUGGUGGCCACAUGUUCGGACCUGAACAGUCCGGUUUCUGUAAUAUCGAACUCAUCAGUGAAAAGACAGCCGCUUACUGGUGCCGGAGUAUUGAGGAACUGAAACGGGACUUCCCUGGGAAUAUUUUGAUCGCCAGCAUAAUGGCCAAGUUCGAUGAGAACGACUGGACUCUUUUGACCGACAUGACCAUGAAAGCGCUGCCCGAUGCCCUUGAGUUGAAUCUGUCCUGUCCUCACGGCAUGGGCGAGCGUGGGAUGGGUUUGGCCUGUGGACAGAAUCCUGAUCUCGUUAGAGAUAUUUGCAAAUGGGUGAAGGCCGUUGCAGGCCCGGGGACUCCAGUCUUCGCCAAGUUGACGCCCAAUGUAACAAACAUAGUUGACAUAGCUCGAGCGGCACAGGAGGGCGGAGCCGACGGUGUAACAGUGAUCAACACCGUCUCCGGCAUAAUGAAGUUCCACAGCGACUCCACACCCUGGCCAUCUGUCGGAAAAGAUAGGCGUUCAACCUAUGGCGGUGUGUCGGGAAAUACUAUUCGACCAAUGGCUUUGAAGGCCGUGAGCGCGGUGGCAAAUGCGCUUCCGGGCUUCCCAAUCCUGGCGACUGGAGGUAUUGACUCUGCCGAUGCCGGUUUUCAGUUCCUGCAGGCCGGCGCGAGUGGACUACAGGUUCGUUCAUUGUGCAUGCUGAGUUUCGGACUCUGACACCUUUCGUUAAGGCAUGUUUGAUGACUUAAUGAAGGCGGCAUUUAGUACGAAUUUAGAGUUAUUUGCCCAAAUUGCUGUAGCAAUGUUCUUCUAAGCUUUAGCUUUUUGCCGGCUGAUCUCAUGCCAGUGGGUGAAGUUCGGUGCGGCGGGGGAGUAAAAAUAUCGAUAUAAACAUGUUACUUAGCUAAUUUGAGUAGGAUUAAAAUAGUAAUAAAGUGACUAUAGGACGAACGCAGAGUUGUUCUCUAACAGGUGGUAACGUGUUUGGAUGUAUGUAGACCUUCACAUCACUGGAGUCACUUAACCGCCUUAACCACGCUCUCAGAAAAGAAACAGACUCCUUUGUUCCGAGUUGGGGCACCUGCCAGCACUAGUACGAUCGGAUCUGCAUCGGCCUUAUUUAGACUUGGUACAGCUGUGAUCACCCGGCCCAGCCGGCCUCGAUGAUGUCGAGCAUGACGAUCUGCUUCAUCGGAUCGAAGCAUUUUCUCCUCCAGUGAUGGAGACCGAAUACCAAAGAUCCCAGAACCACUUCCAUGUCUUGGCGAACUGGGGAGAGGGCGGGGUGUUGAGCCAGGCUCUUAGUCGACCUCCACGUCGACACCUCAAGGUCGGCAAUGGCGCCGGACCGCAGUCGUUUUUCUUGAGUGGAAUGAGAUGUCCUCGCGAUUUAGUCGCAGCGAGUGCGGGCUGCAUAAGUUGAGAUGAGACCUGUGUACUUCACUCUAAGAAUGGUCUCCAGGCUGCGGUGAUCAAAUGCCUCCAGUUUUUGCUCAUCUUCCAAGCAAGCAACGUCGACUCAGGAGACAAUGUCGUCCUUGCUCUGCCCAUUCACAACGGUCUCGCUCCGAGGUGUCUUAAACUGUCUACUUCUUCAUUUUGACGGUCAUUAACCCCAAGGAGUGCUCUCUCCCAGUCAGUUAUGCAGCUCCGAAACGAUUUGGUCUUCUCAGCCCUUGGGAGUAAACAGACAGAAGUAGCGACUUCAUUCACCCGUGGAGCCAUAGACUGUAGAUUACUAAAGCCUGGGGCUAGCAAGGCGAUAUCGUCAGCGAAGUCGAGAUCAGUCAGCCGGUGUCCGGGCGCAAUCUUAACGCCGUCAGAACCGUGUAGGGUCCUUCCGAGAAUCCAGUUAAUAACGUACAGUACGUGACAUAUCUCAUGAAAUCUGAUAAUGGAAUAUGAUGGGAGAAUUUCUGGACGCCUUUAACGUUGAGCUUUCUGUUCGCUCCCUCACAUCCUUCAAUGAAAUAAGUGUAAUUUAACGGAAGAAAAGUUCUCGCUAUAAACAUAAAAUGGUAUGUUUACGAUCACGCCUGUCAGUUCUAUUUAAAUUUAUUAGGCACCGACCGGCCUCAUGGCAUGUCACCUUAUGAAAACUUUUGUCCCUACGACGUCCCCAUCGGCGAAAUCAACCAAAAUUCAGCUUCGCUUGUUGAACCCCAUCUCAUUUACUUCAGAGAAAUUAAAUAAAACAGGAAUCACUGGAAAACUGUUUUAGAAUCUACACUGAGAAUGUAGGCAGUUGACAAACCGUCAUAUAUGAAAUCACGCUACUUAUUAAACGAUAUUUAGAUGUAAACUUCAUUAAAACACUGUUAUUAGACGUUGUUUUAUGUCUGCUUUCGUAUUUACUACGUUUUUGGUAUGAGAAUACAUUCUAUGCAUCCCAAAACGAACUUUACUGAAUUAGAGCCAUUUCUGACGUUUUCGGGAUAUUGCGCUUUUCAAAAUAAAUCGACAUUUCUAAACAACGCAACACUGCCUAUAAUAAUUCUUUCAUGUAUUUAAUUCUUUUAAACUUGUUCUUAAUUAAUAUAGACAUUAGACUCGUGAAAUGGUGUCGGUUUGUGAGUGAUUGGCAACCAUUUGUAAAUUUCGACACAUUUCAUGAGUUAGGUCACUAACUGUAGUUGGACAGAAUGGGCGACAGUAUGAAAUCUCGUCAAGCACCAGACGGAAUAUUGGGCGGCUGGGAGAAAUUUUUGUGGAGCAGAACUCGCACAGUAGUGGAGUGAUAGUGGGCUGUGCUCUUGACGAUGGUUAUUGCGAGCAUUUCACCUAGAUCCAUGGCCCGACGAAUUCAACAAAGCAGACCACAGUUGACUGCUAAUAGCCGCGACGGAAUUCGAGAAUGCGCCCCACGUCUAUCUCGUAUCCCAGCUUGAUUGAGUCUCGUCCCAGAGUCACACACAUCCGGGAUCGCCUGAGAGAGAGACAACAGCGAAGACCUUUGUAGCAACGCUGGCGUGGUUUAUGUCAUCGUACUUCUCGUAAGUCGUCUUAUUUCCGCUCUUGAUGACAGGCACAGGGAUGUCCGAAGCCCAGUCACCAAGGACGACCGUAUCUUGCUCAGUUACCUCACGGGGUCAGGGUGCCAGAGUGUUGACCAGAUUUUAGCCGAAAUACCCUCCUUUCAGGACGUCUUUUUGUUCUACAGCCUCUGUAUUGCAUCGGCGACUUCAUCCUCAGAAAGGGCGUCGCACGAUACCGUAUAGACUAGAGAGGGAGCGAGGAUGUGAUGGAUUGCUCAUCAGAUUUGAGAAGUUGCUCGAAAGGCUCACGCCAACGUUCAAACUUGGCGGAGUUGUCAGCAAUAAAGCAGCCAUUCACUUCGCGAACAGAGUCACUCAGUGCAACGAGUUCAUCACUAACCUGGCGGACAACGUUGCCGAGUUUUUGAGUGUUAUCAACGCUUGAAGCCUGCUCGCUGUUUCAACCCAAGUAUUUCCUACGGUCAUUCCUAAGCUGGCGAAGGAAUAAUUGUUGCGUGACCUGGCUCGAGCCGUCUCGGCAGACAACUGCACUCUUCCGCCAUUGAUCUCGUCACUAAGGCGUCGCUGGGUGAAUCCAGGAAUUUUCUCUGCUGCCUCACAGAAUGGCGACUGCAAUGAUAAGCCUCUGGCUCGGGUUGUAAAACAGGACCGGAGUUAUCUGCUCAGGGCCUCGGUGGUUCUGGGCUGUUGAAGACUGGCGACAUCCGGGCGCUUUAAGUGCAGACGAGAGGUGAACUUUCAGGCCCGACCAGUCUCGGCACCGCGCAUCGACCUGCCAUCGUGAACCCAGGCGCGGAACCUUGCACCAGCUAAAAUGCUGUUGAUCCGCCUGGCUGUAUGGCCGCCACGUGUACAGUAGGUGGGCUAACUCAUGAAAUGUCAACACGAAUUCCGAAAUGCGUUUUCAUUUCGGAAAGAUUAAUUAAUUAAGGUUGUAAACUAGCAGCAAGCAACAUCAUUCUAUAAUAUUUCAGUUACCUCAGUAUGCCGGCUUUCGAACGAAAUUUCUUCAGGCUGCAUGCAAAAACGCUCUGUAAAAAUGACUACUUAUGUAGCAGGAACUUUUCUAAUUGAUUUUCGAUGCCCUCAAAAAUUCAAUUAUAUUUCAUGGAAAGCAUGCAUAAGCAUAAUCAUUCUUUUGCUCAUUCGGUAGACAAUUACGUCUUCUUCCAAUCUUAUGCUCGAAGGAAGGGCAUAAUUCGGUUUUCAAAAAGUUUUCCAAUUCCAGAAUGAUUUUGAACCCGCUCUACCCUUACACUUGGAUUCAGGGUUUCCAAACUACAAGCCUUAUCUUUUCCGCGUACGGAACAUCACACAUUUCUCUACGGUAAUAAAGGGGGACCAUAUAGGUUUCAUAAAAUUUAGCAGUGGAUUUGAUCCAUUUUAUGGAAUUUAGAAGCCAAAUUGGUAAAUGCAGAGACAUGACGAUUUAUGAACGGCCAUUUCACGAUAUUUAAAAGUCCCACAGUUAGAAACUUUUUUUCAAACCGAAUCAUGCUCCUCCUUCGAGCAUAAAAUUAGAAGAAGACGUAAUUGGCUACCGUAUUAGCAAAAGAAUGAAUGUUUUUAUGCAUGUUUUCGAUGAAAUAAAAUUGGACUUUUAGGGGCAUCGAAAAUCAAUGAGAAAAAUGCAUGCUACUUAAGCAGUCAUUUUUUACAGACUGUUGUUUUUGCAUGCAGUCGGAAGGAAGUUCAUUCGAAAGCCGGCAUCCUGUGGUAACUGAAUUAUUAUAGAAUUAUGUUGCAGGCUAACCAGUUUUACAACCCUACAUAAUUAAACUUUUGGAAACGAAGACACAUUUCGGAAUUUCGGUAGACAUUUCAUGAGUUAGCCCACCUACUGUACAUACACCGGACGAGAGAGAUGUUUGCAAAAUUAUCCUUCAGUCGCACGUGAGCGAACCGGCCACUGACUGGUGCCCGCUCAAUUAGUAAAAGGGCGAUCGCCACGCGGUGUCUACCAGAAGUGUCGUGCGGGCCGCUGUGGUGGAGCGUAAGGUGUGAGUUGGCUACCGGCAGCUUCGUUUUCCAAGCGCGUAAGUAGCGGAUCCGGACGUCAGACUGGUCACGUUGUGCCGAUGCAGACUGCUGCGCGCCCUCAGACUUCGGGUGCCAGGGUCUGGCAAGCAUCACACAUCCAAACAUCCAAUAAAAAGGAUCCAUUCUGACUGAGUAGCGCAGCUCGCAAACUAUUCGCCCACUUCACUCAACCAGCGUUGUGGAGCGCGUCAGUUCCUGUGGAUGCUGUGGCAUGAAUAAUAACACUUGAUCCGGACAGUUCAUGAAGCUAAUCUCGGGUUUUGAGUUUACUAGGUGUGCCAUCUCAUGAAAUGCUCACUGAAACUCUGAAAUGUGUGUUUAUUUCGAAAAUACUACUUAAGUAGGGCUUUAAUACUGGUCGUCGUGCGGCAGAGUCACGAGAUAUUACAGUCACGUCAGGAUGCCUGCUUUUGAGCGUUCUUUUUUGCAGCUGCCUAGAUGGGCUACACUCUGUAAAAUGGCUACUUAAGUAGUAUGCAUAUUCACCACGGAUUUUCGGUCCCCUUAUAAGUUCAAAUAUUAAAAGAAGAAGAAGAGGCGUUCACUACUACUGAAGUUCAAAUAUGCUUUAGAUAAAACAUGGACAAAAAACAUUCUUGUGCUUGAUUGGUAGCAAAUAACGUCUUUAAGUUUUCUACCUGAGGAGAGAGUAGUUCAGGUUUUAAAGAAGUCUCUAGGUAUGAGUUUUUUGAGACCGCGAAAUGUUCAUGCAACAUCGCAUCAACAUGUUUACUAAUUCUGCUUAAAAACUGGACAGCAUGGUCCGCGUUAAUUUUAAAAUUCUAUGAGCCCUUUAUGACAUCUUCCCACCGGCGUAUAGAAGAGUGUGAUUUUUUAAACAUGGAAAGUAUACAACUUGUAGUUUGGAAACCCUGAAUGCAAGUGAAACAGCAGGUCGGGUUCAAAGUAUUCAGGACUUGAAAACGUUUUUUUAAACUGAAGGAUCCUUCUUCUUAAGUAUAAAAGCUAAAAAAGACGUAAUUUCCUAUCAAUUUGACAGAAGAAAGAAUACAUUUGUCAAUAGGAGCGAAGAGUCGAGUUUUAGGAAGCAGUUACGAAAAAGGAGACACGAUCGCUGGGACAAGAGCUCCGUUCGUUCGUCAGUGCGCCUGCCCCCCCUCCCCCCAGCCUAUAGUACUUUGCGAAGGUACCUUACCGUCACAUAACCUCAGAAGGGGGCUGCUUGCAACAUCCAUCUGCCUCGAUCGGCCAACUCGGCAGUCGUCCUGGAGUCUGCUAGACGCACUCAACGAUCCACGCAGCCUCACGGCAGCAUGCGCACGCAAACCCAAAGGCGCAGCAGCGGUGGACACUGCCUGUCUCCGAUGAUGAAUGAUUGCCGAUUAGAUCCAAAAAUGUAGACUCAAUCCAUAUCAAUCCCAGUGCUAGCGUCUUCCUCUUUGGUUAUGAUACUAGAGAAUCGCACUUUCAUUAUGCUUACUGCGUCCUAGCCGACCCUCUGAACGUCCUCCUACGUAAGACACCUGUAUGGCGAGUAUUUAUUCGCCUUAUUUCCUUUCUAGGUAUGCAGCGCUGUGCAGAACCAGGACUUCACCAUCAUUGAGGACCUUGUAAGCGGACUGAAAGCCGGCCUCUAUUUGGAUGCUAGAAACGGUGAUCAUAUCGAAAUUUAAAUAUUUUUAAACGAUAACUACUUGUUUAUUGCAAGUAACCAGUUUAUUUUGUCUAACAAUGCAGACGGCUGGGACUUCCAGAGUGAACCGACACCGAAACACCAACUAGGCAAGCCAGUCAAGGCUUCGGCGUCUCUCGCGCAGAACACUCCACAUUUCGGUCCUGGCCUGAAACAGCGAGCGAUCGCGUGGCAGCAGGACUGUUCCAGGACCGAGGGCAUAGCCUCCAUCGAGCAGACACUGCCCGCGAAAGUGCAGACUGCUGCAGAGAAACCCGCCGCAUCCGUGCAGAGUAUCAUCGGCCGAUCGCUGGACAAGGUUGGAGCAUAUGGCCAAUUGAACAAUGGAGAGCAGGUCAGUCUUCUGAGACCUGCCCCACAACCCUGAAAGUUUGUUUUUUGGCGUCUUGUGAGAAGUACAGUAGGUGGGCUGACUCAUGAAAUGUCAACCGAAAUUUCAAAAUGCGUUCUCGUUUCGAAAAGAUUAAUUAAGUAGGGUCGUAAAACUAGUCAGCCUGCAACAUAGUUCUAUAUCGAUCCGAUUACCUCGGAGUGUCGGCAUUCGAAUGAACUUAUUCCCGACUGCAUGCAAAAACCACACUCUGUAUAAAAUGACUACUUAGGUAGCAUGCAAUUUUCUCAUUGAUUUUCGAUGCCCUUGAAAAUUUAAUUAUAUUUCAGGAAAAACGUGCAUAAACAUAUUCAUUCUUUUACUUAUUCGGUAGAAAAUCACGUAGUUUUUAUUCGGAAGAAGAGUAUAAUUCGGUUUUAAAAAACCUUUUCUAAUUCCCAAAUAAUUUUGAACUCGAACUGCUGUUACACUUGCAUUCAGGGUUUCAAAACUACAAGCCAUAUAUUUUCCGAAUAUGUGAAACAAUUCAUUUCCCUCCGGUAUUAAGAGGAAACCAUACGGGGUUCAUAAAAUUUAGCAGUGGAUUUUAGCAAUAUUGUGAACGUCGGAAGUCACAUCCGUAAAUGCAGAGACAUGACGUUUUAUGAACGGCCAUUUAAAGGUAUUAAAAAAUCUCACAAUUAAAAAAUUUUUAAAAACGGAAUUAUACUCCUCUUUCGUGUAUAAAAUCAAAAGAAGACGUGAUUUCUACUGAAUGAGUAAAAGAAUGAAUAUUUUUAUGCGUGUUUGUCAUAAAAUAUAAUUGAAUUUUCAAGGGCAUCGAAAAUCCAUGAGAAAAUUGCAUGCUACCUAAGUAGCCAUUUUAUACAGAGUGUGGUUUUUGCAUGCAGUCGGGAAUAAGUUCAUUCGAAUGCCGACACUCCGAGGUAACCGGAUCAAUAUAGAACUAUGUUGCAGGCUGACUAGUUUUACGACCCUACUUAAUUAAUCUUUUCGAAACGAGAACGCAUUUUGGAAUUUUGGUUGACAUUUCAUGAGUUAUCCCACCUACUGUAGUUGGGAUAAAAAUACUUAACGAGUGUACUAUAAAUCCUAAGGGCGCGCCUUUUCGAGUUAAUUAAAAGUGUACCCAUUUGGAGCCCACCACUUCACUCUAACUUCUUUAAAUUACUCACCAGGUCGUAGCGGUCGUGGAUGAGGAUAUGUGCAUAAACUGCGGCAAAUGUUAUCUGGCCUGCAACGACUCUGGUUACCAGGCCAUCACCUUUGACAGCAAGACACACUUUCCUCUCGUGACUGAUGACUGUACAGGCUGUACCCUCUGCCUCUCCGUAUGCCCGAUCCCGGACUGCAUUACGAUGGUGGAGCGACAAAUUCCCUACGUUCCGAAUCGCGGCGUAUCCCCGCUGCCCCCUGUUCCUCCAUCUCAAAGCCACCUGGAGUCACUAAGCCAAUGA